AGUAAUUGGUUCAAACACAAUCCUUUGUCGCCAUGAGGAUGGCAUGGAAGUUGCUGAGCUUGGCAGUGCCUGCGCUGGCGUCUGAAUGCCCGCAGGCACUUGAUGCUGUCUUCUCUGAUAUGCACGAUGGCGACAAGAAGCAGGUCAACAUCCAGGGGAGUGCCCUGCAGAUCAAGCCCUACGGCAACGAUCAGAAGUGGGUCGUGACGUCUACACUUCAAUCCGAGAAUUGCAGCGCCAUGAUCGAUUUCAACGUGCCUGGCAAGCCCGGCCCUCCGCCCGUGAAGUUGCUGAUGACCUUUUGGCGCGCCUCCGCAAAUGCGGCGGAGGGCGGGGUGCAGAAGGCCAGCUUUGAGUUCACAGAUCCCAGCGGCACGCUGGCUGCGCCCUCGGUGCCGCUGAACGCCUGGCUGCAGCUGGGGGGGCAGCGGGCGACCGUGCCCUUGUGCCCCGCCUCAUUGAAAGCCACCUUUGCCGACAUGCACGACGGUGACCGAAAGGCCAUCACCGUGGCAGGCUCCGAGAUGACGAUCACCUCCACCAACAGCAGCCAGACCUGGGUGAUUCACGCAGAGCUGGAUGAGCAUUGCAGCGCCAGCGUGAACUUCAACGUGCCAGGGAAGCCGGGGCCGCCUCCCGUGCCGCUGGCGGCCCGGCUCUGGCGGCUGGAGAAUGGCCGGGGGGGUUCGAAGAGCUCUUUCGAGUUCACGGACCCCAGCGGCACGCUGGCGGUGCCCGGGUUCCCACUGAACUCCUGGAUCCAGCUGCGGAGCCAGGCGGUGACCGUCUGAGCAGCGCCACUGGGGUCGGGGCACUUGGCUCUGGCCCGAUUUUCGGGGCCCGAAAUUUGGUCGGCCCCCCGCGGCCCCCCGACCUCCGCGGCUCCACGGCUCCGCGGCCGGCGGACCGUGCGGACACAGUCGAACAGG